CUUUCUGGGCGGAUCUUAUGAAGUCCUCCACUCCUACUGCGACUUCACCCUAUUUCUCCGACUGCACGUGGAAACAAUAGCAGAGUGGCUGCACUUGAUCUGCUGGAGACAAUAUUUGACCCCCCAUGUUUGCCUCUUCGGCUAUGUGCGAGGACAAACGCUGUCAAGUGUGGCGCGCGUCGACUUUCCAUAAAGCUUGCGUGGACCAAGAAAGCUCCAACAUUCUCCGACAAUGACUGCUUGAGCUGCACUCUUCCUCGCGCUGCUGUCAAGCUCCCCCUCCCUACUUUCAUCCCCCACUUGGAGUCACUCCACACCAGUAUGGUGGAUAAGGGCCCAUUGUUGACUUCUGCAAUUAUUUUCUACCUGUCCAUUGGGGCAGCUAUUUUUCAAGUUCUGGAAGAGCCCAAUUGGAAGCUGGCCGCAAAGCACUACAGACGGCAGAAGGAAAAUUUACUUAAGGACUUCCCUUGUCUGACGAAAGAUGACUUGGAGAAAAUAUUGCAGAUAGUUUCCGAUGCUGCCGGCCAAGGAGUCACGAUAACUGGCAACAAGACGUUCAACAACUGGAACUGGCCAAAUGCUGUCAUUUUUGCUGCCACAGUCAUAACUACUAUAGGAUAUGGAAACAUUGCUCCCAAAACAGUAGUGGGACGUAUGUUUUGCAUCUUCUAUGGGCUCUUUGGUGUGCCUUUGUGUCUUACUUGGAUCAGCGAGCUUGGGAAGUUCUUUGGUGGACGAGCCAAGCACAUUGGUCAUUUUCUCACUAAGAAAGGAUUUUCACUGCGAAAGUCUCAAUUUACCUGCACAGCUAUUUUUCUUCUCUGGGGGUUGCUGAUUCAUUUAGUCCUUCCACCUUUUGUGUUCAUGUCCCAGGAGGGUUGGACCUAUGUUGAAGGCUUGUACUUCUCGUUUGUCACCUUAACUACGAUCGGAUUCGGUGACUUGGUAGCAGGUGUGGACCCUACCAAAAACUAUCCCACUUUAUACCGCUACUUUGUAGAGGUUUGGAUUUAUCUGGGCUUGGCUUGGCUCUCUUUAUUCUUCAACUGGAAAGUGCGAAUGGUGAUCGAGGCUCACAAAGCGCUAAAGAAACGACGCAAGUUACGCAAACUAUCCCUGGACGAGCUGCGGCACUAUAAAGAAUCUCACAAAGCCGCGCCUCGUCUGCCGCCCACCCCCAAUGACGUCAACAUCUUCAGAUUCCUGUCCAAAAAGCAGGAAGGCUACAACGACCUGAUCAAGCAGAUUGGCACUAAAAAUGAAAAGCGACUCGACUCCAGCGCGGGGAACGCCAUCAACAAGGCAAAAGCCAAAGCCAAAGAUACGGCUCGCUCCAAAAGCUGCAAUGAUAGCACCACCUUUAAUGGCCACACCAUUCUCUGCUUAGACCGUUCGCCACGGCAGAAAAGAAGAUAUAGCUUCAGUGAUCGUGUCACCGUUGCCUUUUCCAAGUCCAAAAACUACCUCCUGGGCUCUGAUAAUGGUUUGCUGCUAACAGAGGAACAUGGCGAUAGGGAUGUUGAACUGGACCAGGAUCAAGUAUAUGAAAACCAGCUUGACAAAGAUGUGGAUCAGGAUGGUGGAGGUGGAGGACAUUGUGGGAGAACGACUCGAAGGACUUGGGCUUCGAAAGAAUACCAAUCUCUUACAUUCCAAAAUGCAAACAUUACUUUCAUUGAUGAGGAAAACUUUCUUGGCAAUAAUCUAGAGGAGGAGGAGGAGGAAGAGGAGGAUGAUUCCAAAGCAAAACUGUCUAUAACAACAUGCGAUGAAAACAUUGAAACCGUCUCCAAGGAGGAGCAAAGUUCCGAGUCGGACGGCUCGGUUUUUGCCAGCGAUGUUUUCGAACACGGCCGCUCUUACGAGACUCUUGUUGAGGAAUAUGCAAAAGAAGACAAUACAGAACCUUAGUUGCGGUGCACGCAGUCAACACUGCCUCUGUUGUGAACGCUGAUGCCGUUGAAACUUUUCUAAUGUGAACUCAAACAAUCCCAUUGCACUGUUGGCUUUGGAAAAUGAUCACUUUCCAAACCAAAUGAAUGUUCUUUUCCUUCAUUUGAAUGUUCUUUAUUUUUUAUCAUGAAUUCAAAUCCCUAUCAUUUGGGACAUAAACAGCCUAAAUGAAUAUUGACUUGAGACUUCAUCACCUCUUGCAGUCUUUUGUGGAGAUUUAGAAAAAGAUUCAUCAGGUAUUGUGUUUCCAAAUCGACUGUUUUUCCUAAAGUGCAUUUCUUCGACAUCUAAUAAAUGAUCUAUAUGUUUCAACAUAUUAAGAAGUUGCAUACGCCAUAUUGGUGUUUAAAAUAUAUUUGAAAUGCUGGGCAUGGUAGUCGUCUGGAGCUACGAGAGUGUUUGCGUCACUCGCACCAUUCCAUCAAAAUGAGCACAGGCCAAAGUCCAUUGCAGUGCAGAUGUUUUUUGGUUUUUUUUCCUUGACCUGAGCCAAACUCUUUCUCUUUUUUUUGUUGUUUCGUUUUCCAAAAUCCUUGAUGAGUAGCUGUCUGAGAUUGUAUUUGGUUUUGACUGCAUGGAAAAGACUUUGAGAAGGGUCCAUCAUCAAUAAGCGAUAGGGAGGUACUGUAAACCCAAAUGUAAAGCUGUAAAGUCAAAACAAAAACAUUUGAGCAGGUAAAUAUUGCCGCUGUAUGUACGUAAAUGAUGAUGCCCUUUGACAUGGCAAUGUGACGGAAAAGUAGGAGUGAAAGUAUUCCGCUUCAUUGUGUUUGUCAAGUCAAUAUUGUCUGAAAGCCCAUCGGCAGCCACAAACACCUCAGCUGAGGACGUGGCCUUGCUACUUGUUUGCUUUUGGGGGCUCGCACUGACCCAGAUGACUGUAGUAGCGCAAAUGACGGCCAGCUAGGUUAACGCUCCGCAGAUCCAUACUCUCAUGACGUACGUGUGCGUGUGUACGUGUGUCAAAAAGUCCUUUUUUUUUUUGUUCACUUCCUGCUAUUUGCACAUGCAUUUCAGCACAAGAACGUUAGUGUGACUUCUUAUGGGAAGAUGCCAACAAUUGCAGUGUCAAACAAGGCUAUUGUGAAUUUGGAAAUCCGAGUUAUUUUAAGAUUUUAAAUCUUUGGGAAUCCAUUGUUUUUGUGCGCAUGGAACACCUCCUGCCUUUUAGACUGCCUUAAAUAAAUCCACUGCAAAGCAGGGGAAAUGAAGUAUAAUGCUGAAAUCUGUGUAUAUUCCACACUGGGUCUUUUUAGACAUUUCUUUUUUGGGCCCCCACCAUUUUUGGUAUUUGGUCACAUUUUGUGUACAUUUCUACCAUUGUCAUUUCUAUAGCGGAUACAUUGGUGCGCCGUUGUUAUGCAGUCCUGGUACUUGUCAAACUUGUCCGAAGAUAAUUUACUUGCAAGUGGUUAAACCUAUUGUCCUGCAUUUGUGCCUUAAUGUCGCUCCAUUGUGU